AUGGCGGGAGAAGACUCGAGACACGAUUACUCUGGACAAUUUAUUGCAGCUUCCGAAUCGAAUAACCCGUGGCCAGAGUUCGAGAGACACUGCUGUAUUCGUUUGCGCGCACUUGAGUUCUUGGAGGCAGUUCCGCGCAGAACUUGGUGGUCACUGCUCCUAGCACCACUCAUUGCUUACCUCUCCGAUAUGAUAUACUGGCAGCUACAUGAGCAGGUGAGGCAGCUUUCAAGCUCUGAGGAUGGCGCCAAACGCCUUAUCACGGCGAUUAUCCAACGACCUAGUCUGUUGCAGUGGAAGUACCUUGUCAGGGGAUGGUCGCAAGGGAUAUACAAGUCCCUCCUUGACGCAAUUUUCGCCUCUCACGGAACCACACUUCCUAGCUGUGGUAUUACCUAUAAUCAGGAUGGUGACUGUGAGAGAAUACUGCUUGCCACCUGUGGUGUAUAUGCGGAAUACGAGCCCUCCCACGGAAGCGAGGGCAACCCAGACCAGUGGACUCUGUAUCAGGCCUGGAUCAAAGCCCGGAUCCAUAUUGAACAGCCUCGCCCAGCUUGCAAUCAAGAUAGUUCAUGUGGAAUGAUGAGCAUCGUUCAUAGCACCUGGCUCACCUGCUACGCGCGAAGCGGCAUAUUCGCGCACGGCAUCGCCGGAAAUUCUCGGGAUGUUGUGUGGUCAAUGGCGAUAAAGUCCGGCAUGUGCUUCACAAGCGCAGAAGAAUAUGCCUCCAUCACAUUAUGCCAAUUGAUGGGACAAAUCCAGCAUCGUGGUAACGAUCUCAGCGACGGGUUCGCAGCAGCGGGGUUCAUAAGGGCCUACCGCCGACGAUUUGAAUCCAUGGAUUCCAGUUGCAUUGUCCGUUACGGGGUUAAUCUGCGACUGGGAGCAUUCAGCUGCAUCUACCAACUGGGCCGGUUCGCACCCAAGGCUGUGGAGUUGCUCGAUGGCGGCAGUGUUUGUGUAUCUUCGAGCGGCCGUACUGCAAAAAUUGUUGCAUCGGAUCCGCCGAUUAUUGAAGGCUGUCCCAGCGUGAUGUUUGAUGCAUGGGUACACGCCGUGGAGCUUGAAGAGGUGACAGUGGACGAAGAAGCUUCCCAGGCAUGGGAUCGUUGGCUUGAGGUUGUGUUUGACCGACGCAAAACCUCCCUCAGUAUCCCCGUUCGAUGCAGUUUGUGUCAUUUUGCGAUAUCGGGCUCUUCAGGGAACGAGUCUCACCCGGGAUGUAUCCCAUCUCGUCAAUAA